AUUACACCUCUUGAACUAGAGACCACAAUCAAAGAAGCACCCAAUAUAAAAGCCACCAGACCCUCAAGAAUAUCAAACAAAAUGUUAAAACACCUAGGCCCUCAAGCAAAAACUACAAUUCUAGAUAUACUCAACAACU